AUGUUAAAUUCAUUACCUCCACUACAACCAUUACCUUUAAUAAUUUUGCUGAGGAAAAGGAUUUUUCUUUUUUAUUUGCUCAUAUUUUUAAUAACAAUUGCUCACACAUCAACACCUUCAACAGCUCAGCAACUUCACAAUCAAAGGCGACGACUUAAACAAAGCAACAAAUUAUCGAAAGAACAAACGCCUAUGGCUGUUCUGCCCCCAGCAUUUUUAUCAUCAUCUCAACAAAUGGAAGAAGUAGAAGAAGGAAGGGAAGAAAGGGAAACAAGUAAUUUGAAUGAUGGAGUAGAUAUUAAUGUUGAUGAUCAGGCAAUAGAGAGAAUAUCUAGAUCUUUGAGAAUUGAAAAGGAUCAGGAGGAUCCAUCACGCCUUCUUAAUGUCUUUCUUCCACCAACUUCUCAAAUAAAUAAUCGCCCAAAUAGAUUUCACCAAUUUAUUGCCAGAGUAACAGAUGUAUCUGUUGUUGACGAUCCUCGAAGUUGGGAUGUCAAUAGAACAUUUCUUGCAUCUGUUACCGAUUCAUCAGUUAUUAAUGUUCACGGCCUCAAUGCUGGCCAUAAAUAUAAAGUUGCAAUUCUUGGGAGAAGAGAAGCUGAAAGUUUAUUAAUUCGGGAAGAAGAUAUUUUGAUGGAUCCUGUUCCUUUGGAUUUUGGCGUUCCUAGUAAUUCAACAUCCAUUCUUGACACAUUCAGAAUUGAAUAUCACCAAUUAGACCCUCUCAAACGUUUUCCUAUACUUGACAUUCACGAUCUACAAGAACAACGUGAAGUAGAACUUUAUAUUGGAAAUUUAUCCCCUGGAAGAGAUUACGAAAUUUCUGUAACUUCUUUGAGGGAGGAACUGCCAAGUGUGCCUUGGAAAGGAAUUGUUACAACACGUCCUCUAAAACCCGAAAAUCUUAAUGUUAUUGAAAUUAAUUCUUCUUGUGUUCUUCUUCAAUGGCAAUUACCUAUUGAAUCGGGGGCUGAUCGGUUUAAAAUAGCUUAUGGACUGUUACAUGGUGCACAAGCUAUGUUAAAGUUAGAAGUUUUAUACCCCAAACAACAAAUACCCCUUUGCCAACAAAUUUUACCUGGCAGAGCUUUCAUUUUUGCUGUUAUAGCAGAAAAAUCAAGGCAAAUAUCUGAACCUUCAACUACCUCACAUACAAUUAAACCUUUGGCUCCAAAAGAUUUGGUUGUAGAGCCCGACUUUGAAAGUUCACGUUUCCGUGUCAGAGUUAGUCUUGCUCCAGAGAAUGAAUCACAUACAGAAAAAUGUCAAAUUUCUGUUCAAUCUGAGGAUCAGAAUGGAAGAAGUGAACAGGCUAUUGUUCCAGCUAAAAACGGACAGAUUUGUGAAGUUUAUUUCGAUUUAUUACCCGGUAGAAGAUAUGAAUUCGCUGCAACGGCUUUAAGUGGAUCUUCUGCUUUUAGUACUAGAAUGUUGAGAAAUAGAGCUGUUGAACCAGGCUUUGAUUUUGCUUCUUUUGGAUUGAAUUUGAGAGUAUACCCAAUGAAUUUGUGGAAGAAAAUUAAAUUUAUUUUUAAGGAAACACCAAAUAAUGUCAGCAAUUCUUUAGUUCUUGAAUGGCCACAAAGUGAAGUAGCCCGUUUGAGGAUUGCUGACCUUUGGGCUCGUAUUGUAGGACGUGACUCUCAUUUACAUUUUUCUAUUCAACCUUUUGACAAUCCCGGCCCAACUAUUCAACGCGAAACGGGGCCAACAGAGCCAUCUCCAUUAGUUAUUGAUGGUUUACAUGAAGGGGAAUGUUACAAAGUACUUUUGUACACCGUUACAUCAUCUGGAAUAGGUGGAGAAAUAUUCAAAAUAUUAAAUAUUUUUAAUGUUUUUUUAGUUUCUGAACGUCGUUUCGAACAAUUUAUUCGAAAAAAUGCUCCUCAAUUAGAUUUAGCCGUUGGGCAUCUUAGUUCUAGAGCUGCAACAAUCCAAACUUUCUAUGUUUCUGGAACUUCUACAUUAUUUGCUAAUGAUAAUCAAAACAACAUUAGAACCUCCAAAAAAGAAAAACUAAAAAUUUCCCCUCAAUGCCAACUUCAAAUACAAGUUGUCGACUCCUUAACUUCUCAACUUAUUGUUGAACGUAUUUUGACAUUAUCUUCUAAUGAACAAAAUUUACAAGAAUUAUCUACUUCUUCUCAAUUACCUUCUCUUUCUUUGGAUAAUCUUAAACCUUGGCGAAAAUAUGUUGUAAAUGGAGAGGUAAUUUGUGGGGCCCAAAAUCGUCAUUCUUCUCCAUGUACACCAAAAAUGUUCAGAUUAACUCAAGUAGAAUUUCGUACAGAAUCUGCCCAGCCCGGACCUAUUUUAAAUUUUACUGUUCGCCCAUUAAAUUCUUAUUCUGCUCAAUUGAAAUGGCAAAUACCUUCAGAACCGAAUGGACUAAUUAGUCAUUAUAUUAUUCAGAUUGAACCUCAAUUAGAAAACGAUAACAACGAUUUACUUAACGAAUUUGAUAAUAUUAAGCCUUGGACAGAAAAAGUUAUUGUUCAAGAACAAAAUAAAAAUAAUAAAAAAUUAAAUGAAGAAUUUAAACAAAAAGAAUUUAUUGAAAAAAUUUUGGAUAGAUUGAAGGGGGGACAUAAAUAUUUACUUCAAGUUUGGGCUGUAAAUGAAGCUGGGCAGGGAAGGGGAAGUGAACAAUUUAGUGUACAUCAACCUAUUUCUGCUCCACCGCCUCCCGACCGUAAUUCAAUACAAAUAGUCACAGAUUCGAUUAAAUCAACAGAAUUAUCUGCUCGAAUUGAUUUAAGCAAAAUUAGUGAUAGAAAUGGAAAAAUAAUUAAAUUAGCCAUUUUGGUAGCUGAAGUAGAUAUUAAAGAAGAGGAAAAGGAAGAAGAAGAAAAUAAUACUAAAAAUAAACAAAAAAGAUUUGAUAAUUGGUUGUUAUUAAAUGAAAAUAAUGGAACUUUGCCAACAUGGGGAAUGGUUCGUCGUCAUUCAACAACGAAUAUUUGGCCGCCAUUUAUUGCAUUAGAAUUAUUACCAGAUAAUAAAAAUCGUCGAUUUUCUUCUCCAUCUUCUAUUAAUACCUCACCAGAUACUUCAAUUAUUAAUUCAAUUUUUAUUACGUCAAUUGGCUCUGACUUUGAAUGCGAAGAGAAAGUAGCAGAACAAAUUUGUAAUGGGCCGUUGAAGCCUGGCUCUGUUUAUCGACUAAAAUUGCGUUUAUUUACUUCACAAAAUCUUUGGUCUGAUUCUCCAUAUACAGACCCAAUACGUUUAGAACUUUCUGUCACCGAAUCAUUUUUUGGCCAGCCAAUAAUAUUUAUUUUAUUAUUAUUUUUAAUAAUCUUUGGCUGUACUGGAUUUGUAUUAUUUUUAUUAGUUACAAAACAAAGAAAUAAUAAACAAAAAACUAAACAACAAAUUAAACAACUACAACGGCCAGAGAGCGACAGCAAUCAAAGUCCACAAAAACGUCAAAAACAUAGCAACAAAAAUAACAAUCAAAAUAAUUUUAAUAAUAGACAAAACGGCACAACAAGAAGUAAUAAAAGUGAAGGACAGUGGCACAUGAUAAUGGCUGAACGUGCGGCUGAUUGUUUAGCAAAAUUAGGCUUAGAACAGCCCACACCACCUCCUCCUCCACCUCCAUCAACUAUAGCAACAAACACUCAAUCUUUAUCAUCCCUGGGGAAAGAUGAACAACACCACCAACAAACAAUUUCUGUCAAUUCCCCCUCCUCAAAUUUUGGAAAGCAACUUUCUUCUAAUUUAUCACAUUGUUCCUCCCCAGCUUCUUCCUCUUCUUCUUCCCCUUCUUCCUCAUCUCCUUCACAGCAGCAACAUUUAUCAAAUGGAGGUGGUUAUGUGCUUUGUGGUGGAACGGGGAAUCAGGAUCAAUUACUUUUUGGUGCUCCACAUCAUAGAAGAUCGAAAAGUUUGCGUGAACGGACAGGAGUCGAUCAACGUUUGGCACGAUUGCCAAGUGGUCCCCCUCCUGGCCAAAGACAUUCCACACUUUUAUGGACGGUGCUCAAAAAUGGAAAUAUUCCGCUAGAACGUAGUCGUCCGGUGCAAAUUAGUGAUUUUAUUGAACAUGUUCGUUUAAUGUCUGCAGAUUCUGAUUUUCGAUUUUCCGAAGAAUAUGAACAAUUACGAAGUGUCGGUUUAGGUCAGAGUUGUAUUGCUGCAGAUUUAGCCCCGAAUAGACCAAAAAAUCGUUUCACAAAUAUUCUUCCAUAUGAUCAUUCUCGUGUAAAAUUGAAACAGACAGAUGACGAUGAUGGUUCUGAUUAUGUUAAUGCAUCAUAUAUUCCUGGUUUUAAUUCUCGUCGUGAAUUUAUUGCUGCACAAGGACCUUUGCCUUCAACUCGUGAUCAUUUUUGGCGAUUAGUUUGGGAGCAACAAGUACCAGCAAUUAUAGCGUUAACAAAAUGUGUGGAGAAAGGACGGGAUAAAUGCCAUCAAUAUUGGCCAGAUAACCGCCAAAGAAGUGUUCUUUAUGCGGACAUUGAAGUCACAUUAUUAACAGAAUCAAUUGACUACGAAGAAUUUACAAUAAGAGAAUUACGUUUAACAAACCUUUCAGAACCUGGACAACAGCCCAGAACUGUUUUACAUUUACAUUAUCAAGCGUGGCCCGAUUUUGGAGUACCUGAACACCCCGUUGGAAUUGUUCAUUUUGCACGUUUAUUUCGCAAUAAAUUACCUCCUUCUCCUUCCAAUAAACCAACCAUUGUGCAUUGUUCUGCAGGGGUUGGCCGUUCUGGAACUUUUAUUGCAUUGGAUAGGCUUAUUCAACAUAUUGAAUGUGGUAAACCUAUCGAUGUAUUUGGGGCUGUCUUCGAAAUGAGACUUGAACGUUGUCAUAUGGUGCAAAAUGAACAACAAUAUAUAUUUAUCCAUCAAUGCCUUCAUUACGUUCUAGAAAAUUUUUAUCCAUUUUUGUCUACCAACAAUUUAAUAACAACAACAAUAAUUCCCCCUACCCCAACAACAACAACCACAAAUUCUUUAUUAUUAAAUUCCCAACAAUUUUCACCUGGAAAACGUUCCUUUCCCCCAACAUUUUCUUCAAAUAAUAACGGACAUUUACCCUUUACUUGUUCAUAUUCUUCACCAAUAACUAGUUCUCCACAAUUAACAACAAAUAAUCGAGAAAAUAAUAAUUUUUGGCAAACAACAACAAAUAAUUUCCAAAAUUUUCACCAACAAAAAUCCCCAAGAAUAGAUUCACAACAACAAAAUCGCCAAAAUUUUCAUAAUAAUGAAGGAUUUUUUAAAGAUGAAGAUAUCGAUGAGGGGAUAGCUGAAAGUGGUUUAUAA